AUGCCGCGCAAUUCAUUCUCAAGCCCAAAGCCCAUCUUCAGAGGCAGGGUUAUAGCUGCAGCCGGUCCUCUCCCAGACAAAAACACAGUAGAAAACUUCAAAAACUGGACCAAGCUACGCAAGGGCGAGUUCAGAACCACUUUCGACGAGAGUGUCACUCACCUUCUCUGCUCCGAGGAACAGUUCAACGCCGAUAAUGCAAUUGUCAAAAAAGCACUCAGGCUCAAGUGCCACAUCGUCCGCUACGAAUGGUUCCUCCUGUCCAUGGGCGGCAGGGAAGCGCGACAGCCCGAACAAGACUACGACCUCCGCGCCAAGUACAACAAGAAGAAGGAAAAGGAGCGAAGAGCGACUAGACUUGAGCGGGGGAAACGACUGGCCGAGCGGUUUAUCGACCCUAACCUUUACCAAAUCUUCGACGAUGACCUGCUAUUCCCGUACAAGGUCGAGUUGACUCGUCUUACGGUCCAUGGCCCAGAGGCAGACCCAGAGAGGGAGCAGCUGGAGAAGUAUACACUCUGCCUCUACAAGUCCAGGGCCAAGCCGCAUCUCUACUGGUUCGCAGCCAAGUAUUCCAAGUCCAAAGGCGACACCCAGCCGCACUACUAUCGCGAGACGGACUUUCCCACCUUGCAGCACACGCAGAUGGACGCGUUUAGAGCCUUUUUCAAACUCAAGACGGGUAUUCCUUGGUCGGAACGAAUCAUUAGACAGGCCACGAUGCCGGCUGAAUAUUUUCAGUACACGGCCCCGACGGGUGGCAAGUCUACCGGACGGGACAAGCUAUGGUCCCGCUACUUUUGCUUCGAGUUGAAUAGGGCGAUAAGGGGGCCAUCCCUGGACGAGAUUGACACGAGUGAGGGCCAGGAACAAGGUGUGCCUGGUACAGAUGGUGAUCAGGAUGGACGUAGUUCUCAGAGCGGCGAUUCUGAAGGGCUGUUCGGCCGUGACAUGGAUAUUGACUCCAAUGAUGCGGAUCGAGACCCUUGUGACAAUUGA